AUGGGGGAAAGAGAAAGAAGUCCAGAUAAUGAUCAAGAAAGUAAGACAGGCAAACACCAUUACUCUUAUUGUUCAUCUGAUUUUGGAACUACCCCACAGUCUUCUGGCCGGUCAUCGCUGGUCAAUUCUUCUUCACCUACAAGUAUUAAGGGAAAAAAUCCUAAAAGACAAAUUUCAGAUGGCCAAGUGCAUCAUCAAGCCCCUAGGAAGCCAAGCCCUAAGGGUCCACCAAACAGAAAGGGAGUCCGAGUGGGAUUUCGCUCCCUGAGCCUCAAUAGGGAGCCACUUCGGAAAGAUACUGAUCUUGUUACAAAACGGGUUCUUUCUGCAAGACUGCUAAAAAUCAAUGAAUUGCAGAAUGAAGUAACUGAACUCCAGGUCAAGUUAGCUGAGCUGCUAAAAGAAAAUAAGGCUUUGAAAAGGCUUCAAUACAGACAGGAGAAAGCCCUGAAUAAGUUUGAAGAUACAGAAAAUGAAAUCUCACAACUUAUUGCUCGUCAUAACAAUGAGAUUAUAGCACUCAAAGAACGCUUAAGAAAAUCUCAAGAGAAAGAACGGGCAACUGAGAAAAGGGUAAAAGAUACAGAAGGUGAACUAUUUAGGACAAAAUUUUCCUUACAGAAACUGAAAAAGAUCUCUGAAGCUAGACACCUACCUGAGCGAGAUGAUUUGGCAAAGAAACUAGUUUCAGCAGAGUUAAAAUUAGAUGACACCGAGAGAAGAAUUAAGGAACUAUCCAAAAACCUUGAGCUGAGUACUAACAGUUUCCAACGACAGUUGCUUGCUGAAAGGAAAAGGGCAUAUGAGGCUCAUGAUGAAAAUAAAGUCCUUCAAAAGGAGCUACAACAACUGUAUCACAAAUUAAAAGAAAAGGAGAGAGAACUGGAUAUAAAAAACAUAUAUUCUAAUCGGCUACCAAAGUCUUCUCCAAAGAAAGAAAAGGAACUUAGAUCAAGAAAAAAUGCUGCAUGCCAGAGUGAUUUUACAGACCAGUGUACAAAAGGAGUACAAACCAGUGAAGACGUGGAGCUGGAAGAAUUUCCUGUAACACCACAAACAGUUAUGUGUUAUGAAAACAGAUGGGAAGAACCUAAACGUCUUACUUUGGACCUGGAAUUGCAAGAGAGAGGUAAACAUGAAGAAGCAGGGAUUCUAAACCCAAUUGUGAAAAGAGAAGAAAAAUUUGUUAAAGAUCAAGGACUCCAUGUUGAAAAUCAGGAGGUUGAGAAGCUGGAAGAUGAAUGGGAAAAAGAAGAACUUGAUAAAAAGCAAAAAGACAAGAUAUCUUUGCUGGAGAGAGAAGAAAAGCCCGCAGUAGAAACUGGAAGAUACCAAAUGGAAAUGUACCAAAUUCAAAAUGUUGAUAAACUGGAAGAGGAGGAAGAAGAAAGGCUGAAGAGAGAAAUGCUACUUGCUAAACUGAAUGAGAUCGACAGAGAACUCCAAGAUUCUCGGAAUAUAAAAUGCCCUCCUUUGCCACUGCUACCUGAUUCGGAAUCAAAACUGCAUUCCCCAGGGAGAAGCCCCAAAACAUACAUGUUCUCUGAAUCCUCAGAGAGAGUAUCUAAUGGGCAUCAUCUGCAAGAAAUCAGCCUUUUCACUACAAAAGGAGAUGGUCAGAAUCCAGGAAAUAUUAGAAGCCCAGCCUCCCCAAAUGAGCUUGCAUUUGGCAGCUAUGUGCCUUCAUUUGCGAAAACAUCAGGGAAGUCAAAUCCAUUUAGCCAAAAGAGUGGCCUUGUGGAUAUCCAAAGAAACAGUAGAGAGAAACAUAGUAAAGACAGUGUAGAUUUAAUUACAAGAAGAGAGAAAAAAGCUAAUCUGAUGGAACAGCUGUUUGGUGCCAGUGGCAGCAACACCAUUUCCUCUAAAAGCAGUGACCCAAAUUCUCGGGCUGCCAGCAAAGGAGACUUGGACCCUCUAAAUUUUCUCCCAGGGGAUAAGAGCAGCAGGGAUAGAGAACAUGAUGAAGAUGAUGACUUUUUCCUCAGUGAAGGAAGAAGUUUUAAUCCAAAUAGACACCGAUUAAAACAUGCAAACAGUAAACCAGCAGUAAAAGCAGUGGAAUCUGUAGAAGAUGAAAUUGAAGAAGUAGCCCUGAGAUGACUGAC